GCUUAGUGCUCUGCUUGCUCUGAACUCCAUUUUCGGCUUGACACUGAUCUUCAGCUGUUGGUUUUCCUUUGUAUCUAGGUAUGUUUUACAGAUGCCUCUGUUUGUUCUGAACUAUUUAUGAUGCUUUGUUGUAGAGAUUACUCCAAAGUAAAAUUCAGAAACUUGUUUUUAUGUCAUAGCAAUAGUUUUAAAGAGUUAAAUGCAUGUACAUGGACUGUCAACCUCCAGUACUUAUACUGUUUUAUACAUAUCUGUCAUUUAAAAUCAUUCUUUUCUCCACCACCUACAGGAUCAGCAGCCUACAGACUAAGCCAUGACCCAAAGCAGCAUGUCCCGUGAGGAGGCCUAUACUGUUCUGAUGAGGGGGGUCAAGGAGCUAGACCUCAGCGGGCCAAACGUACCCAGCGACUUAGUUCUGAUCGGCGACCAAGCCUUCCCACUGGCCAUGAACGUCCAUGGCCAGGUCCUGAUGGCUGCCUCAUUCUACGGCCGAGGUCGGGUGGUGGUGCUGAUCCACGAGGGCUACCUCACUGCCUUUCCUGCCCUGGUGGAGAAUGCCCUGACCUGGUUGACAGGCUCCUCCUGUGACAGCACUACCGUGGGCGUCCACCAGAGCUGUAAGGCUGUGGCCGACAACCUGAGCUGCUCCAGCCUCCAACCCAAGGUGGGGGGCUUCUGCGAGGGCCUGGGAGUGUAUGUGAUGGAUGCGUACUGUGUGGGCCCAGAGGUGAAGGAGCUGGUGGGGUUCCUGAAGGCGGGGGGCAGGCUGCUGAUGGCUGGCCAGGCGUGGAGCUGGGCGGAGGGACAACUCAAACACAACACCCUGCUGUGUUUCCCUGGGAACAAGGUGUCCAGCGUGGCUGGCAUCUACUUCUCGGAGCACCUUGGGGAGCUGGGUACCCUCCCUGUUCCUCCACAGAUCCCUUCCAGCUGGCUGGCUGUGGCGUAAGUAUUGGGCACUUCAUAGAGAGAAGAGAAGGAGGCGGUGGCAUAUUAAUAUAGAGAUACUGUAGUAAAACAGAAAUGUAUACAUGGUGGUAUUUUCUGCCUCAUAUCACCUCCUCCUAUAACCAGGUGUAAAAAAAAGAAAGAGUUUAUUUAACUCCAGAAAUCACCUGGUUAAAUCAAUGUUGAAUUUUUUUUUUUAUUUGAGCUGUUUUUAUGUGUCUAAGUUCUCUUGACACAUCAUAUCUACACUUUCACUCUCUUCUUUCCCUAGGAUAGGCAAGGACUUCAAGGAUGACCUGGAGUUCCUGCUGGUGGGCGUGACUGAGUUUGAUAUCCAGCGCGGGGCUAUUUGCUCAGAGGUGCUGGUAAACGGCAUUCCCCAUCGGCACCACACAGGACGGCAGGGUCUUUCUGGCCGGGGCAUACUAUGGCCAGGGCCGAGUCAUCGUGGUCACCCAUGAGGGAUACUUGGGCCGAGAGCAGCUGUCCCCCUUCAUGCUCAAUGCUGUGUGCUAGUUAGACGAGGGUCGUAACGGCUUGGUAGGCGUCCUGCUCAGCUCGGCGCCGCCCACACCCUGCUGAGCAAGUCUGGCCUGCCCUGUGAUAAGAGCGGCUUCAGGAAGGAGCUCAGCGUCUACGUCUGCACCUCCUACAGCGACACCCAGGCCGACGAAAUCCAGGACUUUAAGGCCGAGGGUGGGGUCCUGCUGAUCACCUGGUACUGGGCCCAGACCAACCCGCGCCACAACGCCAUGACAGGGUACGCAGGCAACCACAUCCUCAACAAGAUGGGCCUCAAGGCCUGUUGGGGAACACUCUGGACGCAGGCUGCUACAAGGCCCCAGUCCCGGGUCAUUCCUGCUCCGAGGGCUUCCACUUCCGCCACCUGCUGCACCGCUUUGCCGGUCACGUGACCCAGGGCGAGACGCUGACGGAGCAUGAGGAGGCGGGUCUGAAGAAGCUUGGCGGCAACAGCGCCAAAUACCUGCACAUGCGGGCGCAUGACUGUGCCUCUUACACCUCGGUGGUGGCCAUGCUCACUGACGUGCUGCAGGAAGCGGCAUUCCCCAGGUGUGCCACAGCUGUCCGGUGAUAAGCGCCAAAGACCAACUGCUGCUCAGUGUGGGCGCGGAGGUGUACAAGGUGUGCCAGGACCCAGACACCCUACUGCCUUACCUGAUCAAGGACCAGCCCAUGAUGCCUGCCUUGUCCAAUGCCAGGCUCAUGAUCAACUGUAAAACAGAAGGUUAGUUGGCUCUCGUUCUCUCUUAUGGGACAUGACCUGUAAAAUUGAGGAUACUGGGUCUAAUGGAGAUGGUUUAGUCUUGGGAACCAAUAUGAAACACACCAUGAGUAAUGGCUUAGCUAAAAUGGGUGCGAGAAAAUAUUUUUCGCCAUAACUUCUCUGCUUAUGUGCAAGUUCAUUGGUUAGUGUGGGAAUACAUGUUUCUAACCAUACAAUCACUAUUAUAUAUAGUUAUGUUUGAAUAUAACCGCUACUGAACAUUGUGUCUUAGGAGGAGAAGAGUGGUCUGUACCUUUCCCCUGGGAUGAGGACAUACAUGGCCAUGCCACCAGAAAUCGUCAACCAGGGCUGGAAGGUAUCCAAUACUGCUUUUUGUUUUGUCUUAUAAUUCUAAAAUCUAUUGAAUCAAAUCAUGUUUUAUUUGUUUUGAGAUCAAGCCCUUUACAUGUUGAUGUAAAAGCACUUUGUGAAUUGAUUGAUUGAUUGACUGAUGCCCCUGUUACCAUCAGGUCCAGAUAGGCUGUCAGACUGACAACAUUGGGAAUGCGAACGAGCUGAGGCGAGCACCAGUGGUUCAUGAGCGCUUCCCCAUAGACUCAAAGAUGAUGCAGGUGUGGAACCUGUGGGGCGGACUCCUCUAUCUCAUCGCCCCUCCUAAGACCCAGGUGGAGGGGGUGGAGGUAAUCAUUCAAGGGGCUGUGCCAGCCCCCUACUAAAAGACUGGUCGGACGGGGAGGUGGGGGUCUAUGAUGCAUUUUACACUUUGGUCUUAUAAUGCAUCCAAGUGAUGUAUUAUAAGGGUGUUAUAACUAUGAGUUGUUAUAACUCAUGAGUUGUUAUGACAGUUUAUAGCAAGUGUUAUAAUGCACUAUAAAAGUGUUACAGAGAGUUUAUUUCAAUGAGACUAACCUGGAUAAUACCAAGUAAAUAAAAUAUAACAUAAAGUACAUACACCAUAAAGAGAACAAAUUACGUUACUCCAUCCAGUCCCCUCAUUUACUCAUUUACAAUAUGUCUGUCUGGAACCCUUUUGACUUCAUCCAGGCAUAAUAUUUCACAUCGUUUAACCUCUUUUUGUACCCAAUUUCUUGUAAUUGAAUGGAAGCUUUAUUCAUUUCCCGGAGUUGUAUUCAUGUAUUCAGAUCUGCUAUUCAUGUAUUCCUAAUACAUAAUUAAGUUGCUUCCUGCUCGCUGUUGCCAUUUUGAAUGUACGAUAAUGACGGCUGCCAGAGAUUAAAGAGGAAAUGACACAGCCUUUGUUCUGCAUGAAACAUCUGUAGAAUACAGAGAUACACUAAGCUUAGAACAGCUAUGCUCUCAGAUAGACUGUGUAAUUGCAGCUGUGUUACUAAAACUGAAAUCCCUGCUGUUAUGAGAAUUGAUUUGCAAUGUGCUACUCAUCAUUGUGGUAGGAAAUGAUACUGUACCAAAUGUCUGGUAAUUGUCAUCAUGAAGGCCAUUUAAUGUAUGUUGUUCACCUAUGCUAGGCCCAUGGGUUUCCUCUAAUUGGCAUACCAAGCUGAGAUGAGAUUGAUUGAUUGAUCAUGAAGACACACACAUCCUGGUCAUAACACCUCAUUAAAAUGAUACAUUCUGUCAAAUGAUCCAGGAUUUUCCUCCAAACCUUGCCUCUCUCCUCUCUCUAGGGGUGACCACACCUGCAGACUGGGCAGUUCAGCGGACUGCCCCUUCCCCCUGUGCAGAGAUGGAGUUUGAGAACAUCAUCCUGACUGUCCACUCUGACGUGGUCCGAGGUCUGGAUCGGCCUGACCUGGUGGCGGCGCUCUGGGAUGACAUCAUGAGGGGGAUAGCUGACCUGGCCGCCGUCCCCACCAAGUUCCCCUGCAAGGAGCGCUUUGUGGCCGGUCAGUGUCUGUCCCUCUUAUUUCUUAGCAUGGACAAACAGUCAUGACUGGAAUUGUCUAUGGUAGGGGACUAGGGAUUGUGUAAUUGUUGGAUAUGAACAGGAAAAAGAGAGAUUAUCUGAAAAGACAUUGACCCAACAUUUCUAAAAUGUAUUUUGAGUCAGGUAGGACAGUACCUUUACAGUUUCUAAAUGCGCGAGUUGUUGUGCUGUAGAAAAUGUGUUGUACGCAAGAGUGACCUACACUCUUAGAAAAAAAAGGUUAUAUCUAGAACCAAAAAGGGUUCUUCGGCUGUCCCCAUAUGAGAACCCUUUUAAGAACCCCUUUUGGUUCCAGGUAGAACCCUUUUGGUUCCAGGUAGAACCCUUUUGUUUCCAGGUAGAACCCUUUUGGUUCCAGGUAGAACCCUUUUUGGUUCCAUGUAGAACCCUUUCCACAGAGCUACCUGGAACCAAAAAGGAUUAUCCCAUGGGGACAACCGCAGAACCCUUUUGGAACCCUUAAAAAAAAAAAAGAGUGUAUAGCAGUGGGCUGCACAACCUCUGCCCUGACAGUAUCCAGACAUUGAGCUGACCCUCUCCUUCCUCUCUCUCUCUCCCCCCCCCCCCCUACAGGCUUCAUGCAUGCAGGCUACCCUAUCAUGAUACAAUCAUCCUCAUCCCCAGACCUGAUGAACCCAGUGGCAGCCUGCAGCUCGGGCCUGUGGGGAGCCAUCCACGAGCUGGGCCACAACCAGCAGAGAGUAGUCUGGGAGUUCCCCUCGCACACCACUGAGUGCACGUGUAACCUGUGGUCCGUGUACGUGCACGAGGAGGUGUUGGGGGUGAAUCAGGAUCAGGCCCACCCCAACAUGGUGCUGGCCAACCGACAGAGCCGUGCCGAGGGGUAUGCUAAAGAGGGCAGGAAUCUGGCCAGCUGGGACAUGUGGGUGGCACUGGAGACCUACAUGCAGGUGACAGGAGAUUGUAGUGACAUAUACUGUAUAGUACACCCUGCUGCAGAGUAUGUUGUGUACAAACCCUACAAUUAGUGCUUGUGAAAAGGCAUGUGUAGAUAGAUAGGAAAGUAUAGAUGCUACAGUAAAACAUCUACAAAAAAUGUACUUUAUCUAGGGUUGAGUUUGAGUAAACAGUUUCUCUUUGUCAUCCUCCUUCCCACCAGCUCCAGGACCAGUUUGUCUGGGACGCGUUCAAGAAGGUAUUUGCUGCCUACCACACCAUGCAGAACGUGCCCAAUGACAACCAGGGCAAGAUGAACCUUUAUGCUGAGACCUUCUCCCCUACGGUAGAGAGGAACCUGGCUCCUUUCUUCAAGGCCUGGGGCUGGCCCAUUAAGCCCGCUACAGAGGAAAAGCUCUCUAACCUUCCGGUGUGGAGCAACCACCCUAUGGCCCAGUAUGGCUGACCUAUAGAGGAGGUCACCCCCUUAUAUUGGGGGUAACAGGUCAGGGAUUGCUGGUGAAGGGUAGGUACCGUUUGGUGACAGGUUAAGGUAAAGGAGUAGUGACUAGGGCUUUGCUGGCCUGGUGUAGAAAUGCUACUGCAAGAAUCAUGGUUGCGUCUGUUGUGCAAAUAAAUAAAUAAUUGUAACGGUUUUCGAAGUCAUCACAAAGGGCUGGCUGAGGAUAUUGGGGGUCUAUUGUUUCUAUAAAUGCAAUUGUAUAUUCUAUUGCACUUCAGAAGAGUCCUCGCAUGUGCCUUAUUCAUCAUAAGUUGGAUGUUUUACAGGGUCAAUUUCAUUCCAAAUGUAGUUAUGUGCCCAGUAAGGCACCUUAUUCUGAAGUCGUAUAUGUUUUUGAUACUGUAUACAAAGCUAAAGAAAUGUACCUCUUGUUAAAUAAUUUGUAUUAUUAUACAGUU